AUGUCUUCAAGGCGUCCAAUUUACUUGAACGCCUCUGCGGCCAGUGAAACGUGCGACGCCCCGCUAAACGCGGGGGUGGUGGAGUUUCACAAGGAGCUUCCAAACUAUGCGCCUACACCGUUGGUAUCUCUCCCAGAGCUAGCGGCUGAGGUGGGUGUGAAGGGCAUCCUGGUGAAAGAUGAGAGUAACCGAUUUGGUUUGCCCUCGUUCAAAGUCCUUGGAGCAUCAUGGGGUUGCUUCAGAGCCGUAGCGCAACACCUGGGGCUAUCGUCGACGGUGACUCUGGAGAAUCUCUCCGCUAAGGCUCGGACCAGAGGACUAUCGCUCAUUACAGCUUCAGAGGGAAACCAUGGGCGCGCAGUUGCCUACAUGGCCAAGCUGCUCGGAGUGAGUGCUAGUGUGUUCGUUCCUCUCUCCAUGGAUGAUAACACAAGCCGUUUCAUCAAGUCCGAAGGCGCUCGUGUGAUCGUUGUCCAAGGUACAUACGAUAAGGCCGUUCAGGAAGCAGCAGAACAAUCGAAGGUCCAUAAUUCCUUGCUCAUCCAGGAUACCGCAUUUGAAGGAUACGAGGAUGUUCCAGCGUGGAUCGUGGAGGGCUAUUCUACGAUGCUACACGAGGCAGAGGAGCAAGCUUCUCAGCUGGGGCUACCGGCAAGCAUUGUGAUCACCCCUGUGGGUGUGGGUAGUCUUGCUCAUGCGGUGGCUAAGCACUGCAAGUCACGAAACAUGACUGUUGUAGCUGUUGAGCCCGACUCCGCUCCGUGUCUAUCUUCUAGCUUGCGGGCUGGGAAGUCUGUCGCUGUACCUACUUCAUCCACAACAAUGGACGGAAUGAACUGUGGGACUGUUUCCGCUACUGCGUGGCCUGAUCUGCAGAGGCUUGUUGAUGCUUGUGUGACUGUAUCUUCAUAUGAAAGUCAUCGUGCCGUGGAGGAUUUGAAGUCUAAGUCUAUCACCGCAGGCCCCUGUGGCGGCGCAUCCUUGGCUGCUCUGCGACGUAUCGCAAGUGAAACCUCGUCAGUCCUCACUAAGGACUCGGUGGUUAUUCUAUUGAGUACGGAAGGAGCACGGGAAUACAAAAUCCCACGGGAUGUUGCUGUGGAAGAUGCAGUCGGCUUGACGCAGGUGCUCACCCAGAUUAACUCCUCCAACCCAACCUUAUCCGUGAGUGAUGGAGCGGGCGAAAGUGAAAUUGCAGACUACAUAAGUGCGUGGUUUGCUCAUAGAGACAUCGAGUGCCACCGCGUUGAGCCUGUCAUAGGGCGUCCAUCCGUGGUCGGUGUCUUGCGUGGUAGUGGUGGAGGGAAGUCACUCAUGUUCAAUGGACACAUCGACACGGUGAGCCUUUCCAGCUAUGCGAAAGACGUUGAUCCAAUUUCUGGGCACCUCGGGACGAAAAAUGGAGAGCAAGCUAUUUUUGGACGCGGAUGUCUUGAUAUGAAAAGUGGUCUUGCAGCCUCAUUGGCGGCGCUCGCUCAAGUUAAGGCGACCAGCCACAAUCAGCAACUUCGGGGUGAUAUCAUUAUAGCUGCGGUAUCAGACGAAGAGGAUGCCUCACAAGGUACUCAAGACAUUCUAGCUGCAGGCUGGAGAGCUGACGCAGCCGUCGUUCCUGAGCCAACAAUGAACACCGUCGUGAUCGCCCACAAGGGCUUCGUGUGGGUCGAGGUUGACGUCCUGGGAGUGGCAGCACAUGGAUCGGAUCCUGCCUCAGGAGUUGAUGCAAUCAUGCAGGCAGGAUGGUUUCUGCGUGCCAUUGAGCAAUACCACUUUCCCGUAGAUGACCUUCUGGGCAAGGCCUCGAUGCAUUGUGGUCUCAUCAGAGGAGGCGAAGAGCCUUCGUCUUACCCCGAGAAAUGUACUAUUACCAUGGAGUUCCGGACAAUACCUUCGCAAUCGGAAAUCUCAAUAAUAGAUGAUAUUAGGGGCUUGCUUGCAGAUAUCUCGAAGGAGAAUCCACACUUCCGCUAUUCUGAACCUCGAGUCACCAUGUCACGCCCAACGUCUAAGCUAUCAACAACGCAUCCUUUCGUGCAGCAGACAACUAAAUCCGCUAUGAAUAUUCUUGGAAACAAUGUCACAGUCCAAACUGCUGCAUUUUGGUGCGAUGCUGCUUUACUCGGCGCAGCUGGGAUUCCAUCGGUGGUCCUCGGACCUGUUGGUGCAGGGUUACAUAGCAAAGAGGAAUGGGUGCAGGUCAAAAGCUUACAGCAGCUACAGCAAGUUUUUACGGAUCUUAUGAAGGACUUUUGUCAUUGA